UGCAUGAACUUCUUGCUGUAUGCUGGAUUUGUAUUCAGACCAUUCGAGGAGUGUUUGGCUUUUGUGGAAGAAUCUCGGUCAGAUGCUAACCUAGAAGCUGAUAAGAGUCUGAUGCUGCAUCUUUACUCUGCAGUGGCUCUGUGGUAUGCACGGCUGGAAAACUGGGAGAUGUUUGCAGUCUUCUUUGAUAAUGCGUAUACAGUGUACACUCAGAUUCCAACCUCCAUUGAGUCCAUCAGUGGUGGGGUCAUUCUCCUGGAGUGCAGCAUCCUACUCUUCAGGAAAGAACUGACUGAUUGCAACCGUCAAAGAAGGAUUACCCUUAAAAAAUCACAAAAGCUCUUUUCAGACUUCACACAACGUUUUGGAAAAAGUCACAUCUUUGGCCCCCGUGUGUUGCACCUGAAUGCUUACCUACACCAGCUGACUGGAAGGGAAACACUAGCGCAGGACCUCUUCAAGGAAGCUCUGGUGCUGUGUGAGGAACAGGGCAACCUUCUAGAACAGAAAUGGAUCAGGCAGAGCCAGGUUGACUGCUCUGGUGCAUGCAGCCACACUCCAGCAGAGUGGUCUACAGCUGUUCUGAGCAUGCCCAGAUGGGACAAAGCAGUAAAACUCCAGCCUGAGGAGCUGCUUAACUAUCACUUAACUAUCGCUAACUAACUUCCACUUGAGACAAGCAGAGGUUACACGGCGUUCCCAUAUUUUGUAAAAACUUGCAGGUAGUCAAAUGGGGCAUGAAAAUACAAAUUGGACAUAAAACAGUGAAACCGAACCCAAAUCUGUGUCUGUCAUUAUGAAAUAUAUGGCAUGAUCUGCAACACGUUUAAUCAUGAAACACUAAAAGACAACUGGAAUAACGUGCAAACAAAAGAGAAGGAUGUAUGUAUGUUUAGUUACCAUCUUACUGUGUGGCCACAUCAUCUGUCAUCAUGCAGCAUCAACACAUCACCAUCACAGAAAAGUGUUUAUACUCACCUGAUACUGCCCCCUGUGAAAGUAAAUAAUACAGUGUGAAGAUUUUAUGCAUGAAGUCAAAUGUGAAUUGUUCCAUGUGAAAAUGUGAAAGUAACUGUUACUCUGGUUAAAACACAGCUGAUGUGUGUCUUAAUAAAAAAGAGGAAAACUAGACAACAAUCAGUCAUCACACACAGUAAAUCUGUAGAAUGUAGCAUUGUGCUAAUAUACUGCUAGUUCCCCUUAAGGAACAGAAAUAUCUUGUGAUUUAUUGGAAAAUACUAUUUUCUGAUAAACGCAUGUAUUUACCAAUAUACAGUAUGUCAGUAUAUGUGCAUUUCCCCCUGUGGAUUUUAAAUCUAUAGUUCAAUAUUUAGGAGUCACACCUUAUGAAUGUUACGCCACGGCCAGCAGAUGGCACUGCGGCACGGCUGCUGACUCUUCACGUGACUCUUUUGUUUUCGUUCCCUUCCCGCUUGGACAUUGAAUUAAGUUUGAUCAUGUCUCUGAUUUGCCCCAGGUGUCCAUGUUUUGGGUUGAUUAGGUUUGCUAUUUAAACCCCCCGUGUGAGUGCGCACUUCGCGCAGUAUUAUAGUGGGUAUAGUUUGUACCAAACGUCUGAUGCGGUUCCGGCUUAUGUUUGAUUACGAUAGUGAAUACGUUAGCAUGUUAAGCGGUCUGGUUUCAUGCCCUACUCUAGUUUCAAGCCACGAUACCAGUUUCUUGUUUUCCUGGUGAAGACCGCGUUCCCUGUGUCUGUUUGUCUACUGUUAAUAAAGACUUUGACCUGCA